AUGCCCGACAGCAUCCCGCCCUCCGAAAACAAGCCGGGCGACGCGUAUCACUUCGAUGAAAAUGAGAUUUUUGACGAUAACCAGCUGCGCCAGGCCAUUGAGGACGCCCUGCACGCAGACAAGGACAAACAGUUAUUCACCGAGAUCAACAGUGCGAUUCAGGCCCUCGACGAGUCCGCAGACGACGGUAAGCCGGACGACGAGCUCACACAGGCCAUUGCCGAGGCAAUUGACCACGUCAAGCCCGCCGAGCACGCAGACUCCGGCGUCGAGGCUCUGGCGCCGCUCGAGUCGCUAGAAUCGCUCGGGCUGCCGCUGGACUCGAACGAGCCGGAGCUCGAGUCGGCCCUCGCCGAGAUGGUGCAGACCGUGGUAGACACGAACUUGUUCCCGGACAAAAAUGCGGCCAAAAAACACACAGAGACAGACCUGGAACAGUUCCAAUGGACCAAAAUGAUGGAGAAGGCGAUGGAGAUGGCGAUGGAGAACCCAGAGCAUUUGAUUUCGUCGCUGAACGACGCAGAGCCGGCCGAAAAGCUCAAGAAGAAACAGACGGCCAAAAGCAAGCGCAGCCAGAUCAACCUGGCUGUGCAGCAGCGGUUGCAGCAGCAGGCACGGGCUCUGCUGGCGCAGCAACAGCGCGACCGCGAGCUGCGGCAGCGGCUGGAGCAGGAGAAGCAGCAAACGCAGAAGAGCGCUGCGGAGCCGCUGCCCGCGAGCGUCCUACAGUUUACGGUGCCGACGCCGCCGACGUCGAUUCCUGGCCCUGUGAAGAGCGGCGACAAGGCGUCUGUUCUGGAGCAGUUCCAGAAAUUCCAGCGGCCAGACGAUAAGUCCCAAUCGGUUGCCGACCCGCUGGCCGCACAGCGCGAGAAAAUGCUACACGACUACGCAAAGCAGAUCUCGCGCACGCCGUCCCAGACCUCGCCGCCGCCCCAGUCGUACGCGAAAAAAUCGGAAGGCUCGUUUCUACGCACCAUUCUCUCGAGUCUUAAUCUUGCCAAUCUCGACACCCUACAGAUCGCAGAGCAAAUAUCGCCACCGCAGCUCGAGUCGAUCCGUGCCGGCGUGUCUUCGGCAGUUGACACUUUGCGCAGCAGCCAAUCGCUCACCAAGACCGCUCCAAACAACAGCGACAAGCAGGAAUCGCCCAAGCUCGACGACAAAGAGCGUAUCCGGAUCGAAAAUAGAGAACGCAAGAAGAGAUGGCGAGUUAUAAAUAUCGAGCGGAAUAGAGACAACGAUUUGCGCGCGCGCGUCAUCAAGCGAGCCGGCCAGAUCUUCACCAACCCGGGAGACGAAGAAAUCAAGAAAAAAUGGAUAGCAGAGGAGUUUGAGCGUCGCAAGCGGAAACGGCUCGAGAAAAACGGUUCCGACGCGCCUCUUGUCCACUCCAACGACCUUGAUCACCGUUCCGAGUCUGUGGCCGCUCUCCUUGCCGAUCCCCAGGUGUCCGCCAAUAUCCACGCCUUAUACCAGGCUCUCUGUGGAGCCAUGCCGAGCGACGACAAGCUAGCCACCGUCUCUGUGCUGGCCACCUCAUUGGCUGCCGCGUACGUUGUUUCCAACAAGUCGCUCAGCGAGAAUCUUGUGCCGUCAAUAGUGAGCUCUCUGGUUAAUUCGCUCAAUAACCAGCUCAACGGGCCCGCUUCCCAGUCGGGAACGCUCAGUUUCAAAGUUAUGGAUCCAGCACCAAAACACGCCGCCGAGCCCAAACAGCAUGGGGACACGAAAAAAGUGAAAAUAGACCCGGAUCUCAUCAAUCUGCCAGACCAUUUAUCCAAAUUCGCCAGACCUACUGCAGAACACCACGAGCCCUCGCACGUGCGCCCGGCAACAGCGUCGCACCAGCCGCGGGCCCCGCAUUACCAGCGGCCGUCAGCAGAGCCCAAGCCCGGCACCCCUACUGUGCGGUCGAUUGUGUCAAAGACCCCUGCCUCAGAUUCUGUGGGCGGACUGCGCAAACCAGGUGCGUUCAGAAAGCCGGUUGGCUUUGAGAAACGCGGUUUUGGAAUUGCUGCGCUGCCUCACAAAGACUAA